CAUGCUCUAGCGAGCGUAUUACCAGGCGAGCGAGAGUUGGCAGACCUGCAGAGGAACUCUCAGCCUCCAAUACCUUCUGAAAUUAUGCUGGUUGAACAGGAAGAAGAAGAAGAAGAUGAUGAUGAACAAAACUCCCUAUCAUAUAUGACGGACGGCACUGUGGCACUACUCAUACUGAAAGUGACAUUAUUGAGCAGUGCUGGUGCUGUUAACAAUUGAUUUUGAAGACAGAAUCCUUCAUGUAGCUGAUAAUGCUCUUGAUGUAGGAACUGCUGCUCGCCGAUACAUAUCAAAUAUUGUGACCCAGCUCUAAUACGGCGGGCUACGUUGCUGUGGUCAAAGAGCUACUGCAGCACUUUGCAUUCAAGAGUGAAGUACUCAAAUGUAUUGUACUCUUGGAUCCAAACCUGUGCAGUUCAGUCCAGGAUAAACAUGUGUAUUUUUGAUUGACGGAUUUCAACCUGAUCUAAACGAUGCAGAAAUAGACAUAAUUCUGGAGGAAUGACGAACGUUCUGCUUCUCUGCCGAUCUACUAGCAUUUAGUGAUAGAUGUGACGUCGAUCAGUGGUGGUUGAGAGUGCUUGAACUCAGAAGUCCCUCAGGAUCUCCAUUGUUUAGCGGCCUUAGCUAACUAAUCAAGAUUCUGCUAAUCCUCACGUGUGAUCAGGCACCAGUAGAGCGUGUGUUUUCAAUGGUAAACAAAAUUCACACCAAGUAUCGCCCAAGGCUUCAAAACAACACCGUCUGUGCUCUCCUAACCUGCAAUGUUAACAGCAAAGUCCCGCGACCACAAAGGUAUCGAAUGAACUCGUAAGUAGAGACUGCAACUAUCCGUAUAAAUAGUUACUUUAAAGAACAUUCUACAGUAUGAUAUAUACAUUCUGUGACAUUAUGUGAGACAGUUUCUCCCUCUUGAAAAUGUGCUGAAGAGGGAGAUCUCCCUCUCGAAAUUUUUUAUACUUGGCA